AUGAAGUUCGAAACAUCUUUCAUCCUUGCCACUUUGGCUGCUUCCGCUGUCGCCGCCCCGGCGCAGUUCCACUCUGCGAAGAGAUGGGUUCAAACCGACGGUGCCCAGAAGAUGCCCGCUCAUUUUGUCGCUUCCGUAGGCAAUAUGGCAGGUGAGAAGAUAAGGACCAAGCGCCAGCUCGACCAGCUCCUCGGCGGUCUGACUGGUGCUGCUGGCGGUGCUGGCGGUGCUGGAGGUGCUGGCGGCCUGGCUAGUCUCCUUGGUGGAGCUGCGGCUGACGCUGGUGGCGCCGGUGCAGCAGGUGGUGCAGGUAAUGCUGCCGCCGCCGCUGGUGCUGCGGGUGCUGCUGCUGCCUCGCCUUCUCCUGCUGCGGGUGCUGCUGCUGCUGGCGGAAAGGCUGCUAAGGGCGCAAAGGGCAAGGGCAAGGGCAAGGGCAAGGGCAAGGGCAAGGGCAAGGGCAAGGGUAAGGGAAAGGGAAAGGGUAAGAGUACUGCGGCAGCCGCGGCUACACCUCCUACUGCUGCAGGUGCAAGCGUCGCUGGUGGCAACAACUCCACCGCCGCCGCCGCGGGCGCGAACGGCAACGGUCGCGCUGGUGCGGCAAGCACCGGAAACACCCAGAAGGGUACCGCAGCUACAGGUACUACAGGCACCCAAGGUGGUGCUGGAACUGCUGGCUCCGCAGGCGCUGCGGGACAGGGACAAACAGGUGCUACAGGCACCACAGGAACCGGCUCUGCCACCGGACAGGGACAGACUGUAUCCACUGCUCAGCAGGGAACAGGCGCUGCUGCCGGACGAGGCCAGACUGGCUCUACCACCGGUACAAACUCGCAAACCGGCACCGGCGCGCAAACUGGCACUGGCGCACAAACCGGUACUGGCGCGCAGACAGGCUCCAACUCUCAGACUGGCACUGGCGCACAAACUGGCACUGGCGCACAAACUGGCACUGGCGCACAAACUGGCACUGGCGCACAGACUGGCACUGGCGCGCAGAGAGGCUCCAACUCCCAGACUGGCACUGGCGCACAAACCGGUACUGGCGCGCAGACAGGUUCCAACUCCCAGACUGGCACUGGCGCACAAACUGGCACUGGCGCGCAGAGAGGCUCCAACUCUCAGACUGGCACUGGCGCACAAACCGGUACUGGCGCGCAGACAGGCUCCAACUCCCAGACUGGCACUGGCGCACAAACCGGUACUGGCGCGCAGACAGGUUCCAACUCUCAGACUGGCACUGGCGCACAAACCGGCACUGGCGCGCAGACAGGCUCCAACUCUCAGACUGGCACUGGCGCACAAACCGGCACUGGCGCGCAGACGGGUUCUAACUCGCAGACUGGCGCCGGUGUCGCUACAGGUGCUAACUCCCAGACUGGAUCUACAGGCUCCACAGGAACUGGUGCAGGUGCAGCCACUGGCGCGGGAGCCUCCCAGUCUGCUUCCGGAGCUUCUGGAGCUUCAGGUGCCUCUGCUGGCGGCAAGCAGGGCCAGUCGGCUACCGGAGCUUCCGACUCAGCUCUCGCUGACUCCCAGGAGGAUGACAACUGA